AUGCCUGCCUCCAAAGUUUCCGUCGUUGUCAACGGCGCUUCUGCGUCAAAGGCGACAUCAAAUCCAGAGAGUCAGGCCGCGGAGUCUCAGUCCCGUGUCACUGAGUUCCUCAAGACGGAUUGCAACUUGUACCGGAGACUCAGCCAAAACGCGCCUAACAGAACCGUCGAGUAUGAAACUCGUGCUCGCGAUGCAAUGAGGGAAGUCGACACAAGACUUCAGCGUGGCGCAAAUUGA